UGCAAACCGGGCCUCACUUAGGCUUUGUGUGCUUGUGCAGUGUGCAGAUAUUGUGCACAGUGCACAUAGUGCAGUAGAAGCGAUCGGACUACCUCACAUACCAAGGGUGUAUGUUAAAUACCUCAACUAUUCAGCUGCAGUACAAUACAUGCUCAGCUGCCUGUACAACCAGCUGUACACCUGUACACAGAUGAGUGCAUGUUCUAAACAUGUACUCAUGUUAACCUAGUUUUUAAGUGACGUGAAUUAUAUAAAAUAUAAUUUAUAAAACGUUUUCCUUCAGAUAUUUGAACUAGAAAUAUAUAAUUGUGAAUUCUUGAAUUUGGUUGAAAACCCUGAAUUGUAAAGCUGAACUCAUUGUUAAACGAACCUAGUGGAGCGAGAAAAUGUAUAUUUUAUCCUAUAGCAGAUAUAGCACUGUAACCUUCUAAACCAUGUAUUCAGACCACAACAUAAAGGAAAAAUUCAAAGAGGAUCCAAGAUAUUCUUACCUAAUAAAUGAACUACCAAGAAGAAGUAAAUACGACAGUUCCAGAUCAAAUAAGCCGUACACUCUGACUCUUGAUUAUAGCCAUCGGAGAGAAGAAACCCCCCGUACUCACCGAGAUACCCGGAGCUGGCAGGAGAAUCGACCUCUGCAUGAUAAAGUGCACCCGGAGCAGGAUAGAGUAGACCUGAGUAGGAGGAUGGACGAGUUCAAGAUAAGUCGGAGUAAGGAGUCCAUGAAUAGUAUUCUUGAAUAUGACCGCGGGGUCAGCGGUCCCCGGUCUCGAGGCCCAGAGGAGUCCCAACGAGGGCAUGAUGACCGCCCUCGUAUGGCCGAAGAGCAAUCUCGAGGGAUGACCGAGGCUCCCAGGAGCAUGACUGACCGGCGUGGUGUGGAUGACCGACAUCAAGUAAUGGAUUCAAGACCGAGUUCAAUGAAUGAACGUGUGGAGAGAAUAAAUAUGGAUGACCAUCAUAUGGAGGAUUUAUCCAGGGUUCGGGAUAUGGAUGAACGGAAUCGGCACAAGAAUGAUCGUGGUAGAGUUCCGGAUGAACAAUCCUGCGGGAUAAAUGAUCAUGGAGGCGUUAGAGGAGACGGAGGAGAUGGAAGAGGAGGGAGAGGAGGGGAUGAGGGUAGGUUUGGAGGAAGAGGAGGAGGAGGAGGGUAUAGAGAUGAAGUGGAUGGUAGAGGAAGUUACCAGAACUCAACUUGGAGGUCUGCUGUGGGUGAGGGCGAGGGAGGAAGAAUGGGGUCAAACUCAGAACAGUAUUGUCUCCGAUGGAACUCCUACGAAACGAAUAUCUUGGAUACGUUUGGAGGAUUACUCGCUUCAGAAGCAUUGUCCGAUGUUACACUCUUCUGUGAAGGUCAAUCCUAUAAAGCCCAUCGAUUGGUCCUGGCUGCGUGCAGUACACACUUCUCUAAAAUAUUCUCAAACUCUCCUCUUCACGGUCAGCUGAUUAUCAUCCUUGAUGGAACCCGGUCUCAAGAUCUAGAGAUUCUUCUACAGUUCAUGUACAGGGGGGUAGCCUUCCUACCCUCAGAUAGAAUUGAGAGUGUUCUCCGCACUGGGGAGGUCCUACAGGUGAAAGGAUUAUUCAAUGGAGAUAAUAUUGCUGCUGAGAGAGAGAGGACAUGGUCUCCUCCAGUCCAGGAUAAUCUAAAGAAGGAAGUUGAACCAGCUAGAGAACGAGAUGCAUCUCCCGUCCCGUCAGGGCGAAUUGCAGUUCCUCCGGAGUCCCCGAUAUCUCACAAUCUUCCAAUUUUCCCCCAGCAGCCCUACCCCCGACCCUUCCCUACCUCUAUACCUUCGUUGUACCAGAAUUUCUCCGGGUUUACGCGACCUGAAUCCACCAGUUCGAAACCUACCUCGUCCAGUGUACUCAGUUUCUCCAGCAGUAAGUCUGGUCACCCCUCUCCGAGUCCAGGUCGAGACCCUGGACACCAGUACAAGUUUAGUCCCAGAGACCGGGACGAUCAUUUCGAGACUGCGUCCAAUGGGAAAAUUGAAUUGGGUAAACAUGGCCGAUCUCCUCCCAGCCAUCGGCCUUCGUCGGAACCGUUCGACCGGCCGAGUCCUCGUGGUAAGCUUAUGGUCGCCGAUAACGGUGAAGGCGGUGGUUCUCCCUCCCAAUCCCGCCGUUUUGACGAACCUGAACCUCAGAGAAUGAAGACUGAAGAUAGCCCUGUAGAGCGGAGUAGAACCUUCUCCGGUAGUUUCUCUGACUCCCGUGAGACCCUGAGCAGGAUGAGUUCUCAGAGUAAUCCGACCAGAUCAGAGGCAGCUGAAGCUAUUGUAGAUCUACGGACCAACGACACCGAGGAGAGAAUUAAACGGGAGAACAACCAGGAUUUUCUGCGCCGGUUAGCCCAGGUCAACAGCGAGCGUGAGAACCAGCUGGCGACUAUACAGAAGAUGGAUUUACUGCGACAAGCAACUGCUCGUGGAGAUCAUUUUUUAGUCGGUGCGGGGGGCUUCAGCAGUCCACUGACAGCUCCCCUAGGCAUCCCAGCCAGUGAUCUUGCCAGGAUAGCUCAGACAGUUCCUGAUCCAAAUGCAAUUCCAGGGGAACCUACUUCGGGAACAGGUAAGUGUGUUGCAGGCACGAAGUUAAAAUGUCCUUUCUGUGAGCGAACCUACGGAUAUGAGACCAACCUCAGAGCGCAUAUUCGACAGCGACAUCAAGGUAUUCGAGUUCCUUGCCCCUUCUGCCAUCGAUCAUUUACGCGCAACAACACUGUGCGUCGGCAUAUUGCGCGCGAACAUCGACACCAAGUGAAACCAAACAUGAUCCCAACAAAGUUUGGUCAGACCAAGGUACCUCCGGACCAAAUAUAUCCGGACCCCAUGCAUCAGUCCCAACAGCCCUGACCAGGAGUCCCGUUGGACUGCAGCAGUACUUCAGGUCCAUGGACCACUGUCUACUCCUCUGCAUAAUGAGACUAUAUAUAUAACGCGACUAUGAAUGAAUGAAAUGAAUGAGAGUUCGAUUGUGUUAAGAGAGAAGGUUCUGGUCGCUUUUAUACGUAAGAUAUUCAACCUCUUUGAAACGAAUAAGACUGAUUUUCCUUGCUUGCUAUAUGAAGAGUUACAGUGCCCUCUGCUACAGUCAAUGUACAAACGGGAUUUAUUAAAAAAAAAAGAUUUUGAUCCAGGUGAAAUCCACCUACCUCAUGCUACACUGUUCUAAACAGCUAAACCUCUUAUGUCCCCAAGCGGGGCGGCAGGGUUUCAAAAAAAUGCCAUUUUCGGGUAAUCUGGCGAUAUUGAUUCUGACACAGUAAUCAAGGCGCCACUAACCAAAUUGACCUCUUCUGUCAGAUCUACCUCAUCUACCAGUAGUUUAAUCAAUAGUUUAGCUCUUGGAGCACACACUGGACAGAGAUUAAGCCUCAAUGCAACCCCAGAUAUAGAUACCAGACAUGCCCCCCUUUAUACUUUAUACCUCUUUCUACUCUGUCCAGUUCUGCUCUAGAGCUUUAUAAACCUAGUGCAUUCAGGUCGUACUUUAAUACCUCCACCUGGUCAAACACCAGGUUCUGCAAUAGACAUUUAACUAUAAUGGCCUCAGUCCUAUGUGAUCUUUAAUAGAAUAUAUUAUAAAAUAAUCAUAUAUUUAUGCAAUCUCAAAGUUUAUAUAUCUGCCCGACCUGGAUGCAUUGUUAAAAACCGGUUUUUUUAUUGACAAGUAUUCUUUGCUGUCAACUUAUUUUAUAAUUGUAACAAUAGUGAUAAAAUUCAAUAGCUUAACUUCUAUUUAAGUAUUCUUACCUUUUUCGUACAAACUUGAAUUUCUCUGCAAGUUUUACUAAUCUUGAUGUGUACCUUGUACUUUGUACUUUGUACUUUGUACUUUGUACAGACAUGUACUUCUCUGCAGUUAAAAUUGUGUACAUGAAAGAGACUGAGAAUAUUUAAAAAGAUGAAUAUAUAAAUCCUGAAGGUUGGUUGGAGUGGUGGAAUAUAUAAAGUGGGGUAUCCGGUACAUUUCAGAAAAUGAACCACAAACCCCCUUUUUGUAUUCAGAAUCAAAUGUAAAUCAAAAGAUAAAACAACCAGUAGAAAAAUAUCACUUUUCUACCCAUAACAGGAUCAAGUGUAAAAAAAAGUCAGUGAAUCAAUAUUGUUGUCAAAAUAGAAUCUUUAAUUCAAGACUAAAAGUCACUGUUACCACAUUAGCGAACUGCAAGGCUCUCUAAGAGAUUGUAGUUUGCAGAUUCUUGUUAUAGUUACCACACACACACUGUUCCUUACUUUUAAUCACCAUCAUGAGAUGGGAAAUUUUUGUCAAUGUAUAAAUGUUACUGCUACAAACUAGGCCUUUUUAAAAGGCCUAGCUUGUAGCGUCGAGAGGUAUAUAUGUAUUGGCCCUUGUAAAUAGCUUUUUCAUAGAUUUAAGAUUUAAGUUUGUUAUUUAAACCAUGUUUCUAGUAAAACUUUGUGAUUUAAGCAAAAUAACCCGGUGCGUCAUGAGAAAUUCUUUCCCCGUGCAAUUCAAACCCCUAAGCAUAGAAAACUGCAUUCAAAAUGUGUUUAUUCAAGAUUUUAAUUUGAACUGAUUACUAUAUUUAUAGAGUUAUAUAUGGCGGGUGCUAGGGUUUAUGUAUAUCCUAGUCCUAGACAAGGAUAUCUAACUGUUGUCAGCUCCUAAUAAAGUUGCAUCUAAUGUAACCCCCUCCCUUGUUAAUACCCUCUUCCUUAAACUCAUACUCCCCCUUUAAUCCCUUGUUUUUACCCUCAAAAUCCCUUGUCCAUACUCUUUAAUUCCUUGUUCUCACCCCCUUUAAUCCCUUGUUCUUACCCCCUCUAAAUCCCUUGUCCAUAUCCCUCUUUAAUCCCUUGUUCUUACCCCUCUAAAUCCUUGUUCAAUCACACUUUAUUCCCAUGUUCUUUCCCUCUGAAUCUCUUGUUCAUAUCUCCUAAUCCCUUGUUCUUACCCCUUUAAUCCAUUAUUCAAACCCUCCUUCAAUCCCUUGUUCAACCACCCUUCAAUCCCUUGUUCUUGCCCCCUUUAAACCCUUGUUCAACCACCCUUCAAUCCCAUGUUCUUACCCCUUUAAACCUUUGUUCAACCACCCUUCAAUCCCUUGUUCUUGCCCCCUUUAAACCCUUGUUCAACCACUCUUCAAUCCCUUGUUCUUACCCUUUUAAUUCCUUGUCCAUACCCUUCAAUUCCUUGUUCUUUCCCCUCUUAAUUCCUUAUCCAUACCCUUCAAUUCCUUGUUCUUACCCUCUUAAUUCCUUAUCCAUACCCUUCAAUUCCUUGUUCAUAAUCAUACCCUCCUUCAAUCCCUUGUUCAUAUCUUGAACAAUUGCUUGGAAGCCAGCAGCCCGGGAUAAAACAUGUUCGCAACUUUUCUGAACAUUCCAGUGCUUCAAUUAAAAUCAAACUUGUAUAACCCUAGAUAAAAACAUCGAACACCCCCUAGCUGAAUGCUCCCUUGUCUAAACCAUGAUUAGCUUGUUACCUUGAUCCAUAUAUCCUUCCCCAAGAGCAGUUUUAUUUAGUAUUUUGUUGAAUAUCUCGAAUGAAUCAUGGUUGCUGUCGGAAAUUUUUACUCGUCGAAAAUUCAGAUUAAAACUUAUUGAUUAAUGUCUAAUCUUAAGACAUUUUCAGUUUUUAAUUUGUUUAAAAAAUUUGUUUUCCGUUUUCAUCAUUAUAUCCGAUUGAAUUUAAAAGUUUCCGACUGUAACCCCUAGGUAUGAGAACGUUAUUGUAAAGUUUUAUUAUGUACUCGAUUACCGGUGAAUAAUUACCAGUGUACUGUUCAGUGUUCGUGUGUUCAGUUUUAACACUUCAAGAAAACCCUAUUUCAAGACUGAAACUUUUUUAAUUUUCUAAAACCCGCAAACUGUUUGAUUAAAAAAGGCAGAAUUUUCAAACAGAUAAUAAUUCCAAGCUUCCGUCUCGUUCCGAACACAUGGAGAUUUUAAACAUCACUGUUUCGCUAAAUUUAAGAUAUUUCUGAAGUUUACCUCUUUCCGUCAGUUUUUAACAUUUUAAACAUUUAGAUACUAAACUGUUAAGUAUGCUCAUUUCUGCUUUAUAAUGUAUACUGUGGGGUAGGGGUAUACAGGUUCUUGAUGCUCAAUACCUCUCAUCCAAUCCAUCUACAUUGUCCAAUCCCAAUCCAAUCCAUCUCCAUUGUCCAAUCCCAAUUCAAUCAUUACCCAAUCCGUGUCCAUUGUCCAAUCCAAAUUCAAUCCUUUCGCAAUCCGUGACCAUUGUCCAGUCCCCCAUCAAACCUUAUCCGAAAAUCAAAGAUGCCAAAAUCUAUAUAAAAUUCUAAACCUUUUUCCUAACUCCCUAAACCAAAUUAUAAUCCUCAAUCCUAAUCCUAAUUUUUAAAUAAAAUUUGUAUCCUUAAAUCCAAUUCCACUGAUCCCUUCCAAUUCACAUGUUAUCCCUUCUAAUCCUCAUGUGAUCCCUCCUACUUGCUCCUAUCCUGUUCUAUAGUUCAAAUAAAAUAUAAUCUGUACUACCUCUACCCUGGAGAACGAAUUUUUUGAAAAUUAAUAAACGGUUAUGUAGA